GGAACGUAUGACUAGAAAAUUCAGUCACUUCACUUUUCCAUCCAUCCGUUCAUUCAUUUCAUUUAGUUGCACGGAAUUUCGUGUUAUUUUACGGGAGCAAUAAUGUGUAGUGGCAAGUUAUUUAAGUUAAAUUUCGUUAAAGACUUUUGGGAAAGUGUACGCCGGUAGAUAGUAGUAUUUUAAUAUUUCUCCACAAGAUGCUGUAAUAUAAAAUUUUGUCUGUGAUCUAGUUUAUUCGUCAUGACUACAAUGAAGAAUCCAAAUUCACCGUCGUCUAAGCUAGCACUGCUUAGCCACAUCAAAUACGAACACCUGGUAGCUGGUAUAUCAGGUGGAGUGACAUCUACGUUAAUUUUGCACCCUUUGGACCUCAUAAAAAUUAGAUUUGCUGUAAAUGAUGGCAGGACCACAACAGUACCAAGAUAUGAUGGGCUGGGCAGUGCUUUCGUGUCUAUAGUUAAGAAGGAGGGUGUAAAAGGCCUCUAUAGAGGUGUCACACCCAACGUGUGGGGCUCUGGAUCUGCAUGGGGAUUUUACUUUUUAUUUUACAACGCAAUCAAGACAUGGAUCCAAGGUGGGAAUGCGCGGACGCCGCUUGGCCCAGGCAUGCAUAUGCUGGCAGCAGCCGAAGCAGGCAUCUUGUCUCUCUUGAUGACCAACCCGAUAUGGGUGGUGAAGACUCGUCUCUGCCUGCAGUACAACGAAGACCACAUGGCAGAGCACAAGCGGUACCGGGGCAUGGUCGAUGGCCUCACCAAGAUCUAUAGGACGGAGGGCAUCCGGGGACUCUAUAGGGGCUUCGUGCCUGGCAUGUUUGGGGUGUCGCACGGCGCGCUGCAGUUUAUGACCUACGAGGAGAUGAAGAAUCGAUACAAUCAGUACAGAAACCUGCCCAUCGACAUCAAGCUGACGUCAGCCGAGUACCUAACAUUCGCGGCGAUCUCCAAACUAGUAGCGGCCGGCGCCACUUACCCGUACCAGGUUGUACGCGCGCGAUUGCAGGACGGGCACGCGCGGUACACGGGCGCCUGGCACUGUGUCACCACCACCUGGAGACACGAAGGCUUGGCCGGGUUCUACAAGGGGCUGAAGCCGAGUCUGAUGCGAGUGGUACCCGCUACCAUGGUCACCUUCCUAACGUACGAGAACGUAUCACACUACCUUCUCCAUCGUACCAGGGAGGUGCCUCUGUCGUCCUAAUAACGACGAUUCUUAGACGGACAAAGAGAAAAACUCGACUAAAACGUUUUUUUAGUUCUUAUUUACCAUGUUUAAAACCUCUUUAUAAAAUAUCUUGUUCGUGGAUUAUUUCAUGGAAAAAUUGCUUUUUACACCUCCCUAACGUACGAGAAUGUAUUACACUACCUGUUCCAUCGUACCAGGGAGGUGCCUCUGUCGUCCUGAUAACGACAAUCCUUAGACGGAC